CGGCACAGAAAAUAAACGUUUACUCUGUUUUCAAAGUUAGCAUGUGCAAGUUUUAGUGUUCACAAAACAUUCACGUGUUUGGUGGUGCAGCAGCUACAAAAACCUGCAAAACUACGCUCUGUUGAGAAAUCCUCAUGUGGUGAUGCAGUCUUUAUUAUUACGCUGCUCUCUGCAGAGGACUCUGUUCUCUCUUCGAUGGAGGAAUCCACAAUAUUGCUUCUCCACCAAACCUCACUCCAUCCAGGGCGAGGACUCUGUUGAGACCCGUUUGAACCCCCUCAAAAUUCAGAUGCUGUCAAAAAAUCUCCAUGAGCAGAUCUUCCGUGGGGUAGUGCCAGAGUACAGUGAGGAGGCUGUUGAGCGCAGCAUAAAGCACUUGCAGAAGCACCAGCUGUGGGGGAAGGAAACGUCCCUGUUGCCUGACGUUGAGCUUAAACUCCCCCAAAUGUAUGGCAAAAACAUCGACGAGCACUUCCGCAUUUUGGCUGAGAAGCAGAGCCUUCCUUACCUUGAAGCUGUCACCAAGCUGCUCCAGGCGGAGCUGCCAUCCAUGCCUCAGGAGUGGAGUUGGGAGGUGGGCUGGACUCGCUAUGGCCCCAAUGGGGGGACUCAGAAAGUUGAUUUCCCAGAUGAAUCUGCUCUAGUGUUUGAUGUGGAGGUGUGCAUGACAGAGGGGCGGUGUCCUACGCUGGCCGUCGCUUUGUCUCCCACAAACUGGUAUUCCUGGUGCAGUAAACGUUUACUAGAGGAACGAUACUCCUGGUCAAACCAGCUAAGUCUGGCUGAGCUUAUUCCUCUGGAAACACCUUUAAACUCAUCUCGUCCUCCAGGCGGUCAGUGGAAGGAGAGGCUCAUAGUGGGCCAUAACGUCAGUUUUGAUAGAUCCCACAUCAAGGAGCAAUACCUUUUAAAAGGUUCAAUUGUGCGCUUCCUGGACACCAUGAGCCUUCACAUGGCCAUCUCAGGGCUGACAGGGUUCCAGCGCACACUGUGGAUGGCCAACAAGUUGGGGAAAAAAAGGGGUCUACAAGAGGUCAAGGAACACAUUAAGAAAACGGGCCAGAAAAGAGACGGACCAGUGAUUGGCUCUUGGGACUGGGUAAAUAUCAGCAGCAUUAACAAUCUGGCUGAUGUCUAUGAUCUGUAUGUGGGGGGUCCACCUCUGCAGAAAGAGGCCAGAGAGAUCUUCAUCAAAGGCAACAUGACAGAUGUGCGGAACAAUUUUCAGGAGCUGAUGCAGUACUGCGCUCUGGAUGUGGAGGCCACACACCAGGUGUUCACAGAACAGAUGCCUCUCUUCAUGGAGAGGUGCCCCCAUCCGGUGACGUUUGCCGGAAUGCUCGAGAUGGGCGUGAGCUACCUCCCUGUCAAUCAGAACUGGCAUCGAUACCUGGAAGACUGUCAGGAUGUUUACGAUGAUCUCCAGAGAGAGAUGAAGAAGUCACUGAUGACUCUAGCAGACGAUGCUUGCCAACUCUUGCAGGAUGCCAGAUACAAAGAAGACCCCUGGCUUUGGGAUCUCGAGUGGGAUGUGCAGGAAUUUAAGCAGAAAAAAGUGCCAACUAGUAAGAAGAAACCAGCUAAAAAAACAGCUGAAGCCCAAGUGUCCACCCCUCUUCCAGACUGGGAGGAUGAUCCAGGUCCACCAUCUGAGGAGGAAACGGAGGGGCUCUGCCCCAGCAGGCUCGCUGUUGAAAAACUAAAAGAAACAGUAAAUCGACUUCCUAAAAGAAGACAGCAUUUGCCCGGACAUCCGGGGUGGUAUCGUAAGCUUUGUGAGAAAAUGUCGCAGGAGGACGGCUGGUCACCAGGAGCCAGCCUCAUCAGUCUGCAGAUGAGACUGACACCCAAACUCAUGGGUCUGAUGUGGGACGGCUUUCCCCUCCAUUACACAGAGAAGCAUGGGUGGGGCUAUUUGGUUCCUGGGCGGAAGGAUAAUUUAAGUCCCGCAGGAGAAAACACUGACCCUGUAUGCCCACACAGAUCCAUCGAGAGGAUUUACAAAGAGUAUUGUGAGCAGAACAGGAAGGUGCAGCCUAAGUCUUUGGAUUCUGGUGACUCUGAUGAUCUUAUAUGGACUGACAGUUCAGUGUGGGAAAAGGUGGAGGAAAUGAGUUCUUUGGAGAACCUGUCAGAUGAAAACGGCAUUGGAACAGUUCAAAGUGACACGAAGAGGAGGAAGUCUCCAGAUCCACUGUUGUUUCCAGAGGAAAGUCACUGCCAUUAUCACCAUGGAAAUGGUCCCUACAAUGAUAUAAACAUUCCAGGUUGCUGGUUCUUCAAAUUGCCCCAUAAGGAUGGUAACCACAACAAUGUCGGCAGUCCCUUUUCAAAGGACUUUUUGGUGAAGAUGGAAGAUGGCACUCUUAGAGCAGGAAGAGGCGGCACCAACGCAACCCUAGCCCUGGAAAUUAACAAAAUGAUGUCCUUCUGGAGGAACGCACACAAACGCAUAAGCUCCCAGAUGGUGGUGUGGUUGAGGAAGGGAGAGCUUCCUCGUAACGUCAGCAGACACAAAGAUUUUGAUGAAGAGGGCCAGUAUGGUGCUAUAUUACCUCAGGUUGUCACUGCGGGGACUGUAACUCGGAGGGCCGUGGAGCCAACAUGGCUGACUGCUAGCAAUGCUCGGAGAGAUCGAGUUGGCAGUGAGCUGAAGGCCAUGGUGCAGGUGCCUCCUGGAUAUCACCUGGUAGGAGCAGACGUGGACUCUCAGGAGCUGUGGAUUGCAGCAGUGCUUGGAGAGGCUCAUUUUGCUGGCAUGCACGGUUGUACGGCGUUUGGCUGGAUGACCCUUCAAGGGAAGAAGAGUCAGGGCACAGACCUUCACAGUCGCACUGCCGAUGCCGUGGGCAUCAGCAGGGAGCAUGCAAAGGUCUUCAACUACGGACGCAUCUACGGUGCUGGACAGCCCUUUGCUGAGAGGCUGCUGAUGCAAUUCAACCAUCGGCUCAAUCAGAUGGAAGCUGCCAGUAAGGCCAGGCAGAUGUACGCCUUAACCAAGGGGAUACGAAGAUAUCAUCUGUCAGAGGAGGGCGAAUGGCUGGUGAAUGAACUAGGAAUUGAUGUGCAGAGGGAGGAGGAUGGAAGCGUCUCUCUGCAGGAGUUGCGGAGGAUUUCUAAAGUGGCCUCACACUCGUCCCGGCGGAAGAAGUGGGAUAUUGUUGGUAAACGCGUCUGGGCUGGAGGCACAGAGUCAGAUAUGUUCAACAAGCUGGAAAGCAUCGCUCAGUCAGCCCAGCCAGCCACUCCCGUCUUACACUGCAGGAUCAGCAGAGCUCUGGAGCCUAAGGCUGUUAGAAACGAGUUCAUCACCAGCAGAGUUAACUGGGUGGUUCAAAGCUCUGCAGUGGAUUACCUGCAUCUGAUGUUGGUGGCCAUGAAGUGGCUCUUUGAAGAGCACAACAUCGAUGGCCGUUUCUGCAUCAGCAUCCACGAUGAGGUGCGCUACCUGGUCCGGAGCGAGGACCGUUACCGGGCAGCGCUGGCUCUUCAAAUCACAAACCUGCUCACCAGGAGCGUGUUCGCACAUGCUUUAGGCCUGCAGGACCUGCCCCAGUCUGUGGCUUUUUUCAGCUCAGUGGACGUCGACCAGUGCCUGAGGAAGGAGGUCAUCAUGGACUGUGUGACUCCAUCCAACCCCACAGGACUGGAGCGGAGAUACGGCCUUCCGCCCGGUGAGGCGCUGGACAUCUACCAGAUCAUCAACAUUACUGACGGCUCUCUGCACAAAGGAAGAUAGGAGCAUCUAAACAAACAGAACACAGAACUGCAAUAACCCCGUUCAAUCCUUGAGUCAGCUCAGACUUUUCUUUUCUUCUUUUUGGGUUCCUGGGUUCCCUCUCCGUUUUGUGUCUCUGUCGUCUGAAGGAUGAGAAGAAAUGGGACAUGAGGAGCACAAGAAAGAAAAGACAUUUAAUGCAUCACACAUGAGGAGCCAUGUUAUUUAUUUAUUUUUGUAAGCUCAUCUGAUUUCUGGGCAAAGUUCUGAUAUUAUUUUUAGGUUAAAAAGAGCAAAGCAACUGUGUGAGAAACAUCUUUUAGGCUCUGACCUCCUGGCUGUGGUCCUGCUCCUGCAGAGCUGCCUCCAGAGUCGUAGCAUUGAUGCGGAAAUCUCUUGAAGUGCUGAGCUUCAUGUAUUGCAUCAAAUUCACCUGGAUGAACAUUUGUACAGAGUCAUGGAACAGGUGACGGCAUAUUUUGCAUAAAGAUUGUCUCAUGUGAUGUAGCAGUUGAGGUGUACCUUUGACUUCUUUGAGAGUGUAAUAAGAUAUUUCUCAUACUGUUCAAUACUGAAGAUCAAGUUUGGGGUGGCUUUUGUCUCACGCAAAAGCUUUGCCUGAAAGGAAGGAAGGUUACGGUGUAUUCCAAAUAAAAGUUUUUUAAACCGUU